AUGGCCUUCCAGGGCAGGAAAAGCGUCCCCCGGACCACGAGUGACCGGCUGCUGAUCAGAGGGGGCAAGAUCGUGAAUGAUGACCAGUCCUUCUACGCCGACGUGUACGCAGAAGACGGGCUCAUAAAACAAAUCGGAGAACAUCUCAUCGUCCCCGGGGGUGUUAAGACCAUCGAUGCCCACGGCCUUCUGGUGCUUCCCGGAGGGAUUGAUGUCCACACGCGCCUGCAGGUGCCCGUCCUGGGCAUGUCCCCGGCUGAUGACUUCUGUCAGGGCACCAAAGCGGCCCUUGCCGGAGGCACCACCAUGGUCUUGGACCACGUGUUCCCCGACGUGGGCGUGAGCCUGCUGGCUGCUUAUGAACAGUGGCGGGAGCGGGCAGACAGCAUGGCCUGCUGUGACUACUCCCUGCAUGUGGACAUCACUCGCUGGCAUGAGAGCACCAGAGACGAGCUGGAGGCCCUGGUCAGGGACAAGGGUGUGAACUCCUUCCUGGUAUUCAUGGCAUACAAGGAUAGGUGCCAGUGCACAGAUGGGCAGAUGUAUGAGAUCUUUAGCAUCAUCAGGGACCUGGGUGCCUUGGCACAGGUGCACGCUGAGAACGGGGACAUCGUGGAGGAGGAGCAGAAGCGGCUGCUGGCACUUGGCAUCACCGGCCCAGAGGCCCACGUGCUCAGCCACCCAGAGGAGGUAGAGACCGAGGCCGUGUUUCGUGCCAUCACCAUCGCCAAGCAGGCCAACUGCCCCCUGUACGUCACGAAGGUCAUGGGCAAGGGUGCAGCCGACGUCAUCGCCCAGGCCAAGCGCAGGGGCGUGGUUGUGUUUGGGGAGCCCAUCACUGCCAGCCUGGGCACUGACGGCUCACACUACUGGAGCAAGAACUGGGCGAAGGCCGCGGCUUUUGUUACAUCACCACCCAUCAGCCCAGACCCCACCACUGCAGCCCACCUUGCCUCCUUGCUGUCCAGUGGGGACCUGCAGGUGACAGGCAGUGCCCACUGCACCUUCACCACGGCCCAGAAGGCUGUAGGCAAGGACAACUUCUCCCUGAUUCCCGAGGGCACCAAUGGCGUCGAGGAGCGCCUGUCGGUGGUCUGGGAAGCGUGCGUGGCCUCGGGUAAAAUGGAUGAGAAUGAGUUUGUGGCCGUGACCAGCACAAACGCCGCCAAGGUCUUCAAUCUGUACCCCCGGAAAGGGCGCGUGGCCGUGGGCUCGGACGCGGAUCUGGUCAUCUGGAACCCCAAGGUCACGAGGGUCAUCUCAGCCAAGACCCACAACCUGAACGUGGAGUACAAUGUGUUGGAGGGGCUGGAGUGCCGGGGAGCCCCCGUGGUGGUGGUGAGCCAGGGCCGCGUGGUGCUGGAAGACGGGGUCCUAUCCGUCACGCCGGGUGCCGGGCGCUUCGUCCCCCGCAAGCCCUUCCCAGACUUUGUCUACAAGAGGAUAAAGGCACGCAACAGGCUCGCGGAGAUCCACGGCAUCCCCAGAGGCCUGUACGAUGGGCCAGUGCAUGAGGGUCCAGUGCCUGCCAAGCUGGGGGGUGGCACCCAGGCCCGUGUGUCCUGCCCUGGCAAGAUCUCAGUGCCGCCCGUGCGCAAUCUGCACCAGUCAGGAUUCAGCCUGUCGGGCUCACAGGCGGACGACCACAUCGCCAGGCGCACAGCGCAGAAGAUCAUGGCACCUCCUGGUGGCCGCUCCAAUAUCACCUCUCUCUCCUAG